AUGAAUCAUCAACAGUCAUCAAGUGUCACCAACACCAAUAAUAAUAAUAAUAAUAAUAAUAUUUAUGAAAAAGUUAGAGAAAUAUUAGAGUUUUAUUUAAGUGAUUCCAACAUAAGAAGAGACAAAUAUCUUUUAAAUUUAAUUAAACUAAAUAAUGAAGGAUAUUGUAAAACAUUGAUAUUAAACAAUGAUAAAAAGAAAAUCAAAAGAAUUCAACCAUUUAAAGAGGAAUUAACCAAUCAUGAAAUUAAGGAAAUUGAUGAAAGAACCAUUUAUAUUGAACCAAUUACAAAUGAUUUAUCAAACAAUACAUUAAUUGAAUCAUUAUUUUUAAAAGAUAAAUCAAUAUUUAAUAAUAAUAACAAUAACAAUAGCAAUAUUGAUAGUGGUGUCGUUAAUAGUUCACCAAUACUUCAUAUAUCUAUACCAAGAUUUCCAGAUAAAACAAUAAAAGGUUUUUCAUUUAUUGAAUUUUCAUCAAAAGAAUUUGCAGAGAAAAUGAUAAAUCAAAUUGACCAAUUCCCAGAUCAAUAUAAUAAUUUAAUUGCAAUUUCAAAACUAGAAUGGUUAGAAAAGAAAAAACAAUUUUCAUACUUAUCAAGUAAAUCAAGAUAUUUAAAGAUAAACAAUAUACCAAACUGUAUAAAAACAAUUUUAAAAAAAGAUACAGAAAUGAACAAUAAUAAUAAUAAUAAUAACCCAACCGAUAACACAAACAAUGAGGAUGACGAUAUUAAAAUUAUAGACGAUCAAACCAAACCAAUCUUAAUGAAUAAACCACACCUUUGGAAAUUUUUUGAUAACGAAACCAAUAUUUCAGUAUGUUUUUUAGAUUACAAAGCUGGCAAUAGUGAAGCUAUUUUAAAAUUUUCAACACUUUCAGAUUUACAAUAUGCAAUCGAUCAAUUCCAACAAGGUGAAAUAGCAAUGUAUGAUAAUGUGUUCCAUAUAACUGAAUUUACAGAAAAAGAAAUUAAUUCAGAAAGAGAAAAAGUUUCAUCACACGAAGUUUCAAAAUUGAAAUCAAAUCCAUAUCGUAAUAAUAAUAAUAAUAGUUCUGGUGAUGAUAACCACAACUCUGCCGAUAGUGGAGGUUACAAAAAGAGAAAUAACUAUAAUAAUAAGAGGAACUAUAAUAACUAUGAAAAUAAAAGAAAAAGAGAAUAA